UACAACCCUGUCUAAGACCAAAGUCCAGUUUUUCCUUAGAAAAUGGACUUUUCUCAUCAAAACCCUAACCCUAAUUACACCUUCUUCUCUGAAAACCCCAAUCCCAUGCCUGAUUUCCAGCUCUCUGAUUAUCUUAAGCUCGAUGAAGGCAUCUUUGACGACGCCGACGCCUACUCGUCUCAAAUUAUGGCUUCGUCGGAGAAGGGCAUCGCUGCCGCUACUGAAGUCAGUGGUGCAACCUCAAAAAGAGUAACAUGCAAAAAAUGCAAAAAUGGAGCGGGGAAAAUGAAAUCGGACCUGGGGGUUCGAGUUGCGUUGAGAAUGAAGUCGGAGAUGGACGUGACCGACGAUGGAUACAAAUGGAGGAAAUAUGGUAAAAAGUCCAUCAAGAACAGCCCCAACCCAAGGAAUUAUUAUAAAUGUUCAAGUGGAGGAUGCAAUGUGAAGAAGAGGAUAGAAAGGGACAUAAAUGACAAAGGUUAUGUGAUAACUACAUACGAUGGUGUUCACAACCAUGACACCCCAUCCAUGCUUUACUAUAAUCAAAUGCCCCUUAUGGCUCCUAAUGCUUGGACGAUGCAACCUUCUUCUUCUUCUUCUUCUACAUGAAUGUAUACUUACAACUAUGAUUAUCUUGUUGCCUAAAAUGGUCAGCUACUUGAAAGAUAUACGAAAUGUUUCUGGUUGACA